CAGCUGCUUUAUGGUCCUUAGCAGAAGAGCAGGAUGGGUGUUGCAGGGUGGUCUAGGGCUGCAUAUGGAGCUGUGCUCUUCUGGGGGUUUCUUGGUCCCCUUGCUCUGGUUGUGGGGGCUCAAGGGAGUGUUUUUUCUGAUCCCACCCUUCUGGCUUGUAGCCAAGAAAGUCUGCAGCUCACCCUGCCUCCCAGCUGGGAGGGGAAUGCUUCCUUUGUGCUGACUGCUUGGGACACUCAGGGGAAGGCACAUGCUCUGUGGAAUGACUCUGACUGUGGGCUCUGGGUGUCUGAGACUCCAGAUGGCUCCAGGAAGGUAUUGGUCUCCUAUGCUGGCUGUUACGUCUUUGAAUGGGAUGGCAGUUACCUCAUGCUGGUUGGGCUUGAAGGAACAGAUGCUGCUGGACAAAAGGUUCUUCAUGAAGAGAGGCUGCUGAGGUGCCCUGUGGACCUUCCUGCCCUGGAUGCUCCAAGCAGUGGUGUCUGUUCUGUUCUCAGCCAAGACCGGCUGCCUUGUACCUCCUUGCCUAUCAGCCAGGGAGACUGUGAAGCACGAGGCUGCUGCUAUGACCCUAGGGACAGGGUGAAGCCUUGUUACUUUGGUAACACGGUCACAGCUCAUUGCACAGCAGAUGGCCGGUUUUCCAUUGCUGUCUCUCGGGAUGUGACCCUGCCACCGCUUAUCCUGAACUCUGUCCAGCUGGCCAGUGGACACAGUGCUGGCUGUGUCCCUGUCAUGAAAAACAGCGCCUUUGUUGUGUACCAGUUUCCGCUCUCUGCUUGUGGCACCACUUUUCAGGUGACUGGAGACCAGGCCAUAUAUGCAAAUGAGUUGGUAGCAUCCAGGGGUGUGAAGACUGGGAGCCUUGGCUCUGUCACUAGGGACAGCACUUUCAGGCUACAUGUCCGCUGCAGCUACUCCAUCACUGGGAGCUUCAUUCCCUUGAGUGUUGAGGUCUUCACAUUGCCACCACUCCCUGCUGUGUCCCAGCCAGGUCCCCUGUCCUUGGAGCUGCGUGUUGCCUCAGAUGCAAGCUAUACUUCCUACUAUACUGACAGUGACUAUCCUGUUGUGAAGACUCUGAGAGAGCCUGUGUAUGCAGAAGUCAAGAUCCUUCAGAGAACAGACCCAGACCUGGUUUUGGUCCUGCACCACUGCUGGGCCACACCAAGUUCCAAUCCCCAGCAACAGCUGCAGUGGCCUGUUUUGGUGCAUGGGUGCCCUUAUGCUGGGGACAAUUAUCAGGCAGAGCUGGUGCCUCUAAAUCUUGGCUCAGGACUGCUGUUCCCCUCUCAUUACCAGCGUUUCACUCUCUACACAUUCACCUUUGUGGACUCCACUUCCCAAGAGAUGCUCUCUGGACUGGUGUACCUGCACUGCAGUGCCUCAGUGUGCCACCGAUCUGUACAGGAGUCCUGCACCACCACUUGUCCUGCUAGAGCCAGGGGUAAAAGGAGUGCUGAGCAUCCUCUUCAGGACAGUGCCUCCCAUGUCUCCAGCAAAGGCCCUGUGAUUUUCCUCCAGGAUGAGCUAAGAUGGGCCACAACCAAGGAUGGCUUUGGAGCAGCUGUCCCUGCUGCUCUGCUGGGGUUUGCUGCUGCAGCAGCUGGGGCAGCUCUGUGCAUGAUGCUUGUGGCUGCUGUGCUAUGGCAAAGGAAGGUGUCUGUAAGGCAUUAAAUCAAUGUGUUGCAAUAAAGUGGAUGUCAAACCCAC